CCUGUCUGUCCACAUUCCCAUCUCGAAACUCCCAAUCCUAAGUCUCAAACCCUUCUUUUGUCUUCUCUUGUGUCUUUCUAUUUUCCCGCGUCCAUUGUCACCGCCACCAAACCUUGCUCCUUGCAAUGGCUCCAGUUACUCGAAGAGUCCCGUUUCCAAAGGUUGUCAUCGAGAGAGACACUGAUUCUGAACAGAGUUCAUCCGAAGAAGAAGAAGAAGCACUUGAAGAUGAUGAAGAAGAAGCACUUGAACAUGAACAAGAAGAAGAAAAUGGGGUUGCUGAAAUUGGAAAGAAUGAGAAACUGGAAGUGGGUUUGGACGCAAACAGGAAAGGGAAAACACCAAUCACUCUGCCUCUCAGAAAAGUUUGCAAGGUGUGUAAGAAGCCUGGACAUGAAUCAGGCUUCAAGGGUGCUACGUAUAUUGAUUGUCCAAUGAAGCCUUGCUUCCUGUGUAAAACUCCUGGACAUACUACUUUGACUUGCCCACAUCGGUUCAGUACUGAGCAUGGAGUUGUUCCGGCGCCCCGGAAAAAAACAUGUAAACCUUUUGAAUAUGUGUUUGAACGCCAGCUAAGACCAGGCAUUCCUUCAAUCAAGCCCAAAUAUGUGAUCCCAGACCAAGUGAAUUGUGCUGUCAUCAGAUAUCACAGCAGACGGAUAACAUGCUUGGAGUUUCACCCCACAAAGAAUAACAUCAUAUUAUCGGGAGACAAGAAAGGACAACUUGGAGUUUGGGAUUUUGUUAGGGUGCAUGAGAAGGUAGUCUACGGGAACAUACAUUCUUGUUUACUGAAUAACAUGAAGUUUAAUCCUACAAAUGAUUGUAUGGUCUAUUCUGCAUCCUCAGAUGGAACCAUUAGUUUUACCGACUUAGAGACUGGAAUAUCAUCCUCUCUAAUGAACCUGAACCCUGAAGGAUGGCAGGGUCCAAGCACUUGGAAGAUGCUCUAUGGCAUGGAUAUUAACUCUGAGAAAGGUCUUGUACUUGUUGCUGAUAACUUUGGUUUUCUUCACUUGGUUGACAUGCGCUCCAACAACAAGACUGGUAAUGCAAUUUUGAUCCAUAAAAAAAACACCAAAGUUGUUGGUAUCCAUUGCAAUCCAAUUGAGCCAGAUAUCCUUUUGACUUGUGGAAAUGAUCAUUAUGCUCGCGUUUGGGAUAUACGUCGAAUGGAAACGGGAUCAUCCAUUUAUGACCUUAAGCACAACCGUGUUGUUAGCUCUGCAUAUUUCUCUCCGGUAUCUGGGAACAAAAUUCUUACUACAUCACUUGACAACCGUCUUCGUGUAUGGGAUUCUAUCUUUGGUAAAAUGGACUCUCCUAGCCGAGAAAUCGUACAUAGUCAUGACUUCAAUCGGUAUUUGACCCCGUUUAAAGCUGAAUGGGAUCCAAAGGAUCCGUCAGAGUCCCUUGCUGUUGUUGGUCGUUAUAUAAGUGAAAAUUAUAAUGGGGCUGCUCUGCAUCCCAUUGAUUUCAUAGAUGUCAGUACAGGGAAAUUGGUUGCUGAAGUCAUGGACCCAAACAUCACAACCAUCAGUCCAGUGAAUAAGCUGCAUCCAAACGAUGAUAUCCUGGCAUCUGGGAGUUCUAGUUCUCUGUUCAUUUGGAAGCCCAAAGAGAAGUCUGAGCCUGUCCAUGAGAAGGAUGAAAGCAAAAUUGUGGUUUGUGGAAGAGCUGAGAAGAAACGUGGUAAGAAACGUGGUGCUGAUACUGACGAAUCCGAUAACGAGGGAUUCAAUUCCAAGCUUAAGAAGUCCAAAUUCCAAAAGACGUCCAAAUCCCAAAAGACUAAAUGGAAAUUGUCUAUUAAGGAUUAGUGCUGAAUUAUGAAAUAACUCCUGUAAAGCGUAUUUAAGAUGUUCCCUUUUUUCAGAUAUUUUGAAUGUCUUCCAAUCCAACUGCUAACCCUGUAUAGGUGGUCAAGCUCCCCUCCUAGUUUUAUUUUUUUGGUGCUGGAUGGGUGCUGCUAUCACAGUGAGCUAUCUCCCGUGGCUUUCUCCCCUUGAAGGAAGAUUUUGUAUGCUUGUCUUGGAGCCAUGACUCUUAUGUGAUUAUUCUCCUUUUGUAGUGUUUUGUGUAUCUUAUUAGCAGAAGACAAUGAACCUUUUUUGUUGAUGUUUCUAAAGGUAGUCUUCAGGCUUUAGAUUGUUAUUCUA